AGUUUGCUUCAAAAUUAAUAUGCAGGAAGAUUUGCAUUGAUAGAGAGAUAAUGAACAAUAAUAUGGAAGAAACUAAUAAUUACAAAGCUCAUAUUGUUGUGUUACCUUAUCACGGACAAGGCCACUUAAAUCCCAUGUUACAAUUCUCCAAACGUUUGUCAUCAAAAGGUAUCAAAAUCACAUUAGCCACAACUCUCUCUAACACCAAAUCCAUACAAGAAGAUGCUUCAUUAUUCGCCUCAAUCGAUUUUGAAUCGAUAUACGACGAUCUUACCCACGGAGGGGUGGCGGCCCCCGGCGGAUUCAAAGGCUUCCUCGAUCGAUUUGAAGCCGUUGGAUCAAGAAACCUAAUCGAUCUCAUCAAAAGAAUUCAAGAUUCUUCCGAUGGAAAUAAUUGUGUGAAGUGCUUGAUUUACGAUGCGAAUAUAUCGUGGGCAUCAAAUGUGGCUAAUGAGGUAGGAAAUAUUGCGAUGGGUGCCUUUUUUACGCAGUCUUGUGCUUUUGUUGCGCAGUGCUACCCAAUGCAUUGUGACUUGUUUGGAGUAUCUCCAUCUAUGGGACCACUUGCGUCGAUAUUCGAUUUGCCUGAGCUUCAUAUUCCGAAUUUGCCCUCGUUGGGAGCUGAAACGGGUUGUUAUCCUCCCAUAAUCCGAUAUAUCUUGCGCCAAUUCGAUAAUUGUGAGAAAGCGGACUGGAUUCUCUUCAACUCUUUUCAUCAUCUCGAAGAGGAGGUACACGACCUAUAUAUAAAUAUUCGGGUGAUCAACUGGAUGUCGAAAAUCUGGCCGGUGAGGCCCAUCGGGCCCACAUUGCCUUCAAUAUAUCUAGACAACCGAGUCAAAGACGACAACAACUAUGGCUUCAACAUACACAAGCCCAACACCGAGACUUGCAUGAAAUGGCUCGAUUCCAAGAAAACCCGAUCCGUCAUUUACAUAUCCUUUGGGAGUGCCGCAAGUUUGAAUGCGGAUCAAAUAUCAGAAAUAGCCAAUGCCCUUUUGCAGAGCAAAAAUAGCUUCUUGUGGGUGGUGAAGCCGUCCGAAGAAGACAAACUACCCGCACAUUUUAAGGAUCGGAUAAAAAAUUGCUUUUAUUCGGACAAAGGGUUGGUGGUGAAGUGGGCCCCACAGUUGGCAGUUUUACGACACGGUUCGAUUGGAUGUUUUGUGUCUCACUGCGGGUGGAAUUCGACGAUGGAAGCGAUAAGUCUUGGAGUGGGUGUGGUGGCGAUGCCACAAUUUUUGGAUCAAAUGACUAAUGCGUAUUUUGUGGAGCAUAUUUGGCACGUGGGGAUUAACCCUAAGACAGAUGAAAAUGGAUGUUGUGCACGUGAUGAAAUUCAUAGGUGCAUCGAGGAAAUCAUGCAUGGAGAGAGGGGCGAAGUGAUUAAGAAGAAUGUGGCUCGUUGGAAGGCGUUGGCGAAGGAGGCGAUCGACGAGGGUGGGAGUUCGGACAAGUGCAUCGACGAAAUUAUUGCUCGGCUAUGCAGCUAGAGCAAUAAU